UAGAGGUCCUCUCGUAUCGUCGGGCCGCCAUUUUCUUUGUCAGUUCUGCGUUUUACAUUCCAGAGAUUGCAUCGAGGCAAAAUGUCGUCCGCAAGUGGUGACGAAAGCGAGAUUACUUUAAAUGAACCUGUACGCCGCUCGACGAGGUCCACCCGUGCACGUAAAACUGCCGUAGUGGCCAAGAAAUCUCCCGUCAAGAAGCUUCUGGCAAGGGCGACACAUUCCCCGAAAAAAGUUCCAGAGCUCGAGGAAGUCGAGGAGGAACCAGUCCUGCAGGAGGAAGUGGUUAUGGAGAGCAUACCAGAGAAUGGUGUGCAAAGAUUUGGUAACAUUAUCAUUGAACAGCCGGGCGAGGACGAUGGGUCUAUGUUACGCUUAGAAUUAGAAGACUCCAGCGACGCGACUGUUCAUGAAAUCAAUAUGAACCAAAGCGUGGAAAUAGCAGUUCAAGAGAGUGUACCUGAUUUAGAGGCGUCUGCCUCUCAGAUUGAUCAUGCCAACGUGGUGUCCGAUGCUAUGAUCGUAGAGGAAAGUAGUAUGGACAAAGUCGAUAUGUUGAAUGCACACGAACGAAUGGACGUGGAUGGACAAGAUGUCUCCAACGAUGGAACGAAUCAGCGCGUGUUGAUCGAUUUUCAAGAAGUGAUUAACGACGGUGGGGAGGCGAUGACCCAAGGGUCGGAAAUCCUGGAGACAGAGGAAGUUGAAUCGGAGACCGUGAUCGACGAAGGUACUGGAAUUGAAACCGUGGUGGUAGAUCGAGGAGAGAUGUCAGAAAGUAUGAAAAGAGUUACACGAAGAAUUGUGACUGACACAGACACGGUGCAAACGAGAGAAGGAAUGGAGAUGACGGAGGGCGAUUUGGAAUGCUCGCCUGAGAACUCGGUGAAGAAAACUGAGCCCGACACGGAAGCUGUGUCGGAGGAUGAAUUGCCUACUGAAGCUGCAGCGAAGGAACCCGAGACGGAAGCGGUGUCCGACGAAGAGUUGCCAGCAGCGGCUCCUGCGGAUUUGGGGGAGACCGAAUCAGUUUCCGAGGACGAACUACCGUUAGACAGCGAGAAGAAGAAGAAAGGCGGAGCGAAGGGGCUGGGCAAAAUUCCCGGGAAGAAGAGUAAAACUGAGGGCACGAAUAAACGUAAAUUGAACGCGGAGGGAGAAUACGAUCCUAGUUCCCCGACGUCUGAAAAUAACGACGAAACACCGGCUAAGAAAGUCGCGCUUCUCUUAACCGAGACGGACGCCAGUGACGCUAAACAAGAAGCUAAACCGGCGUCGCCAAAGAAGAAGACAUUGCCGGAGUUGGAAAAGUACUGGAAAGCCGUCAACGAAGAUCCAUCGGACUUCACGGGAUGGACGUACCUCCUCCAAUACGUCGAUCAAGAGAGUGACGCCGAAGCUGCGCGCGAGGCUUAUACCAAAUUUUUGGAGCGUUAUCCAUAUUGCUACGGUUACUGGAGAAAGUUCGCCGAUUACGAGAAGAAGAAGGGGAACCCCGAAAAUGUCCAAAGGGUAUUCGACCAGGGCUUGAAAGCUAUUUCGCUCAGUGUCGAUCUUUGGCUUCAUUACAUCAACCAUUGCAAAACUGUUUAUGAAAAGGACGAAGAGAAACUUCGGGAACAAUACGAAAGAGCGAUCCAGGCGUGUGGUCUUGAAUUCAGAUCCGAUCGUCUCUGGGAAAGCUACGUAAAGUGGGAAUUGGAAGGCAAACGUCUGAGCAGAGUGACAGCCUUGUACGACCGUUUACUGUGUACACCUACGCUCGGUUAUAUUUCACAUUUCGAUGCGUUUCAAGAGUUCGUUUCCUCAAACUUACCGAAUCGUAUUUUAAAUGUUGACGAUUUUCUUGCGUUACGUGCUGAGGUGAAAGCACUUUUGAAAUCGGAUGACAAUACUUCUACUUCAGCAGCGGACGAUGCACCGCCCGGAGAAGAACCGCCCCCACACGAACUUCCGCCAACCGACGAAGAAACCCGCGCCCUUAGGGAAAAGAUUAUUAGUAGCAGGCGCAAAAUGCACAAAGCAAACAUUAACGCGGUUGCUGCGAGAUGGUCGUACGAGGAGGGUAUUAAGAGGCCGUAUUUCCACGUGAAACCGUUGGAGCGAUGUCAGUUGAAAAAUUGGAAAGAAUACUUGGAUUUCGAGAUCGAACAAAAAGAUCAGAACCGAAUAAUUAUAUUAUUCGAAAGGUGUCUGAUAGCGUGCGCUCUCUACGAUGAAUUCUGGAUGAGAUUCGUUCGUUAUUUGGAAUCGCUGAAGGGUGACAACGUGGACAAAAUAAGAGACGUAUAUACCAGAGCUUGCAUGAUACAUCAUCCGAAGAAGCCAAAUUUACAUCUACAGUGGGCAACGUUCGAAGAGGGUCAGGGCAAUUUUGAGAAAGCGGCGACCAUAUUGGAGAACAUUGAUAGUGUGAUACCGAACAUGUUACAAGUAGCCUAUCGAAGAAUAAACUUGGAACGUAGGAGAGGCGAUUUAGAUAAAGCUUGUACAUUGUAUGAAAAUUAUAUUACCAAUAGUAAGAAUAGAGCUAUCGCGAAUAACAUCGUAGUAAAGUACGCCCGUUUUUUAUGUAAAGUGAAGAAUGAUGUGGACAAAGCGAUUAAAGUGCUGCUGAAGGCCACGGAGAAAGACAAAGAUAAUCCGAGGCUUUAUCUGCAAUUGAUCGACUUGGGUAUGCAACGAACCCCUGUCGAUACCCAGGAAAUCGUGGGAUACAUGGACAUGUUCAUCGAGCGUGAGCACGCCGAUCUCGAGCAGAGAGUGCUGUUCGCACAGCGUAAAGUAGAGUUCCUCGAAGACUUCAGCCCGGACAUACGACAAGUGUUGAAGGCGCAUGAACAAUUCCAGAAGUGCAUCAAGCAAGCGAAGGAACGAAAGAAAACGAAAAACGAUGACGCCAAAAUAGACACUUCUCCCCCGAAGAAAGUUAAAACCGAUCAAUCGAGCGUUCCGCCUCCGCCGUCCGUGAGUUCACAGUCGUCGUAUCAGUACAGCAGCGGCCCGAGCGGACCUUAUCAAUCUCAGCAGCAAUUUCAAAGCGGUCAGUAUGGCGGUCAAGGUGGAUAUCAGCAAGGCUAUCAACAGUAUCCGCCUCCGUCCGAUCCCAACUAUGCCAAUUAUCAGAAUUGGCAGUACGGGCAGGGUGGACCGCAAGCGUACGGACCGUACAAUCAGUGGGGAUCUUACAAUUACUAUUAGUGGACGAUACGAAGUUUCCCUUCUAUCAGCUUUCGUUGCGUUGCUGUAUCUAUUGUACAUUUUAUAAUCUUUAUUUUUUCGUCUAAGGAUAACCGAAAAAGAAACAGAAAAGAAACAAAAUUGUUCAAAGUUCCAAUGACACAUCAGUGACCUGACACGUAUAGUAAUAAUCCACACGUCUUACUGAUGUUCACUUUCGAAACGAACGAACGAACAAACAAACGGUCUUACACACGAAGUUCUUAAUCGAAUGCAACACGGUGCAGGAAACACGAAAGAAUCUUCGAUCAACGCCGAGUAACAGUUACUACUUGACUACAGUCGCGACACGACACGACACAUAAUUGAUAAAAAUUGCCAUACAGUGUGAAAGCAAGGUAGUACUUUACGUCAAAUAUUUUUCAACUACUCUGUCUGCAUCGUUGAACUUCUAAUUCUAUUUUAAUUUUAUUCCGUGACGUUUCGUUGUUUCUUCAACAGGAAUCUAGCAGUUCACGAACGUUGCCUACGAUUUGCGAUAAGUAUUGUUUUCGCGUACUUAGCCUAGGACGUUAUGGUCUUUUUUCUGGUCUGCCGAUGUGCGUUGUACGUAUUGUUUACGAAAGAAAAUAUGUAAAGACAGUACGUAGCCGCCCUUCGUGAGGCGCUCAUGGAAUGAACACUGUUAACGUUUGUCAGCCAACUUUUACGAUAUGAAUUACUUGAGGAACAGACAUUAACUUUGUAUGACUUGCGUUCUGUUACAAGGAUUAGGCUCGUUUAGGUAUUUUACUUUUGAAUUGCAAGUGCACAUUGUUUUGUACGUUGGAAUUUUGCAUUUGUAAGUAAAAUUGGAACACUCUGUCGUGCGUAUAGAAGUCACAUACAUUAAAAUGGAAUUGAUCAAAAGAUUUUACUGUAUGUGAGAUUUUAUAAUAUGCAAUAAACAAAAAUUUGUAUAAACAGAUCUGACAGGCACGGAGCAAUGCUUGUAUUGAUUUAGAAUUCAAUGUGUAUUUGUCAUUGUCGAAAAGAGAAAUAUCAGUUUUAUUUCAGUCGGAAUCGACGUUCGAAUUCAUUUGCCGAUUAAAUUAAUGGCUUUAAACGA